UUUUCGGUAUAAAAGUAAUGGCAUUCUCUAAGCAUGGUAUCAAAUCAGUCGUUGGAAUCCCUCAGUGCAGCAGUGCAUCUAAGCUUUAGUUUCUUGUUCUACACAGUGCCGCUUGCAGUUUCAACGAGAAAAUGAAAUCCUUCAUCGCACUUUUCGUGAUCCUCGCCGCUGCUGCCGUCUUUGGCGCUGAGGAAUCCAAAACGACUGAGAAGCGUGGAAUCUACGGUGGUCUUGGUUACGGCUAUGGUGGCUAUGGAGGCUACGGUUUAGGCGGUGGCUACUACGGUGGUCUAGGUGGAUAUCAUGGUUUGUCCGGAUACCACGGUGGAUACUACGGCGGAUAUCCCCUCGGAGGCUAUGGCGGACAUGGCGGAUACUACGGAGGUUUCGGAGGACACGGAGGAUACGGAGGAUACCCCUAUGGCUUCGGAUACGGACUACACUAAGGCGUACCUGCGGCGAGGCUUUCAAAUUAAGGCUGUUCCUUAUCUCCCACCCAUUUUACUAUGAGGCGAAGACUUUCAAAAAUCAAACGAGAAAUGUGUGUUUAGUUUUGACCACGAUUUACUACUACUACUACUUUGGACGAUACGAUUUACUGCUACUUUUUUAUUUAAUGUACUAUAUACUCAACCGAAACGGUACACUGUCAGUGUUCAAGAGUUUCGAAAUUGCUGUGUAACGAACUUCAGACGAUUCAACUCUUUCUUCAUCUUACCAUUAUUUUUUAGAGAAUAGAUUUUGUACAGUACAAUAAAUUUUUACA